GUCGUCACUGCCCCAAUGUGGCAUGGAACGGAAUCAAAAUAAACCCAGAGCUAUCCUCGGGUGUACAUCAGGUUUCCUCUUUGCACUUCAUGAUGGAUCUCCCGUGCGUCCAGUGGCAGGAUCACGUUGCACAGAAAUGGACCGGACUCAGCUCCGAGUUAAAGGAGCGUUUUACGUCCCUUCGUGAAAUAGAUGAUGUUUUUAAAUGUGCUUUAACUCUGACAACCCAAGAUGAUCUGGAUUUUCUGCAGACAGUCUCUGCAGGACACUCAGUACAGAAGGAUGCAGAGCAAGCAGCCAAAUGCAGGGAGAGGGGUAACUCUAGCUUCAAGACCAGAGACUACACUGCAGCCACUCUGCACUAUUCACAGGGCAUAUGUUUUGCUCCCCAAAGUUCGGAGCAGCUGUCUCUGUGUUAUGCCAACCGCUCUGCUGCACUCUACCAUCUGCAGCACUACGAGGAAUCCCUUGACGACAUUGAGGAAGCCUUGAAGAAUGGCUACCCCUCUCACCUUCUACACAAACUGGAGGACCGUCGCACACAGUGUCUCAAACACCUCUCUGGAGGUCAAAAGGGAAAAGAGGAUCAUCACAGUCCUGCCUCAAAGAAUCAUAAAGGUCCAGACACAGUAAAAGCACCAUCUGUUGGCCCUCUCGCAUAUGGGAUUUGUCCUCAGGCUACUGUUGGCUACAGCCCGGAGAAAGGUCGACACCUGGUGGCUGUAGAGAGAAUAGCAGCUGGGGAGGUGAUCCUCACUGACAGACCGUACAGCUGUGUCCUCAUACCAGGGAUGGGGGAGGUGAAAGGGAAGAGAGGAAGGCUGGAUGCUGAGAGAGGAGUGUUUGGAAUAGAGCACAGGUGCUGUCACAGGUGUUUGACUGAAACUCUGUGUCCUGUGCCAUGUGAGGGGUGUAGUUACAGUCGAUACUGUUCAACUGGCUGCCAGCGGGACGCCUGGGAGGAACAUCACCGCUGGGAAUGUCCUCUGGGAACAGAUCUGAUGGUGAUGGGUGUGAUGUCACAGCUGGCUCUGAGGGUAACGCUAAAGGCGGGGUUAAAAAACAUCCAAAUGGCCAGGGAACCAAUCAGAGAUGAGCACAGAAAGUCAGAGCAGAGCUGUGUAAAGAGGGAGUCCAGUACACGUCCUACAAAUAAACCCGAUCCUUCUGCUUCAUAUUACGGUGACUCCUACCUGAGCGUGUUUCACUUGCUGCACCACCUGAAUCGCCACAGCCCUGGUCUGCGUUUCCUGAGUGCUGUCACCGUAGCAACACUCUACCUGAAGCUCAGCAAGGUUGGACCUCCCCCUGCAUCUUGGGCUCUCAGUGGGCCCUCAGGGCGGAACAAGCAAUCACCAGAUGAAGAGGGAGGAAAUGCAGAUUGGAGCACAGAGCUCUGGCUGCUGGGAAGUGCAGUUCUGAGGCACUUCCUGCAGCUUAGGUGUAACGCCCAGGCGAUCAUCAAGGUGCAAGAUACAGGAGCAGAGAACUCACCAGUGCAGUCCAGCAGGGAAAUCCGCAUCGCUUCAGCAAUAUUCCCAACUCUCAGUCUUCUGAAUCACUCCUGCUGUCCUAACACCAGCCUGGUGUUUAGCAGUGGAAUUACUGUUGAUCCUUCAGACUUCAGUGAGAGUGUAGCUGAGGACAGAGGCACAGCCCGCGGAGUCACGGUAACUGUCAGAGCAGCCAAAGGUAUCGCUGCAGGACAAGACAUCCUGCACUGCUAUGGUCCUCACAGCAGUAGGAUGGUGACCCAAGAACGCCAGCAACUCCUGCAGGAACAAUACUAUUUCCUGUGUCAGUGCAAAGCCUGCACCCAGACCCAGGAGGAGGAAGGUGCAGAGGGCAGACAGCAGCCGUCGGGUGUUGGAGGCAGUCAACAUGAGUCUGGACUCCUGUGUGGCAAGUGCAAAGGACCUCUUAAAAGAAGCAGUGUGGACAAAGGAACAGGAUUUGUGUGUUCACAGUCAUCCUGUGGUCAUUGCAUAUCUUCAUCUGAAGUGAGCCACAGGCUGCAGGAGAUCAGAGUCAACCUGGAGAAGGCUGUGGACCUCAUGGAGAGAGAGAGGCCAGAUGAGGCUCUGAGACUGCUGAACAGGGCUCAAAGUCAGCCUGGACUAAUCCUUGCAGAGACACAUCCUCUACAAGGGGAGCUGGCUGAUGCCAUGGCCAGAGCAUGUGCUACAAUGGGUGACUGGAAUAAUGCGGCCUCCCAUCUGGAGCGAAGUGCUCUAGCUAUUACCUCCCAGUACGGAGAUGACAGUAUUGAGCUGGGUCGACAGCUCUUCAAAUUAGCUCAGUUACACUUCAAUGGUGGUGCCAGAGGCCCAGCCCUCUCUGUCAUCCCCAAGGUCAGACGACUCCUCUGCCUUCACUGUGGCCCUCACUGCUAUGAACUACAGGAGCUGCAAGCCAUGGAGGACUGUCUACGAGGGUAGUCUUAAAGAAUCACAAGUUUUACAAUAUAAUUAUAGUUUUGUACUCAGUGAAACUGAAUAAAACUGUGAAAUUA